AUGCCUCCUCAAAAAGUCGAAAAGAAGAAACGACGCAACAAGCGCAAGUCGCGCACUGAAGAUGUCUCUUCAGCCUCUUCUUCUUCUUCUUCAUCAUCUUCAGACACCGACGAAAGCUUAACAAGUCCUCCCAAAACAAAACCAGCGACACAUCCAUCACCACAACACGAAGAACAAGAACAAGAACAACAAGAACAAGAAGAAGAGCAGCAACCUUCCACCCUCUUCGCCCCCGCAAAACCUCAACAACAACAACUCCCAAACCCAAACAAAGAAGCAGAAGAAGAAAAAAUUUCAUUCGAAGAAUUCUACCUCCGCCAAGCCACACGUGAAUUUGCCAAUGAUCUCGACAAAUUACGUUCAGCAGGAGAUUUCCACGCUGCGAAAAGUGUGCCGUUGUUGAUUGCGGCGUUGAAGCAAGGGACGAAAGUUUUUAGUUUGGAGGAGAGGAGGAAAGUUGUUAGUUGUUAGUUGUUGUUGUUGUUGUUGUAAGUUAGGAGAUGGGAGGAGGAGGAAGAGGGGAAGAGGGGAGGAUGGUCUGAUUUGGUGUGAAUGUGGACUUGUACGUGUAUUAGUACCAUACAUAGGUAAAUGCGUAG